UCCGCAGCGGAGCUCGGGCGCGGGCCGGGGUCGCCGGUUCGAGCCUUCUGCCCGCGCGGGGCUGGGAGCUGGGGACCGGGCGUCGCGCCGUCCGGGCCGCAGCCCCGCGACCUCCGCUCUGUUUCUACACCCGUGUGGGUUCCUGUCCCGCCGCCGCGUCGCCUCGCCGAGCUCAGGGUGGUGAGGCGCGGAGACUUGUAACUAGUUAAUUAAUUCAACAAACGGACCCUUCUGCGUAUCAGAAACUGCGAGGAGUUGCUAGCCCAGUGGGGCAGGCAGACUGGAAGACCAGGAAAGGCCAGGCCCCGGGCAGUGUGGUGAGUGCUGUGCUGGGAAGGAGCACCGGACUGUGGGUACUUGGUAGAGGACAGGAUGCUUCAAGCCAGAGGGCUUCCUGGAGGAGGUGACCCAUGAGCUGGAGUGGUCAGAUGAAGGCAGAAGAAAGGGAACCCGUUUGAGGGUGGGGGUCGUGGUUGGGCUUCUCUGAGCCUAAUCUGGAACCACAGUGGAUUGGAAUUUCUUCUGAAAGGGUGAGACACUGCCCUCUGUGACCAUGAAACUCUGGGUAUCCAUGUUGCUGGUGGCCUGGUUUGGUGUCCUGGGCUGUGUGCAGGCUGAAUUCUUUACUUCUAUUGGGCACAUGACAGACCUGAUUUAUGCAGAGAAGGACCUGGUGCUGUCCCUGAAGGAGUACAUCUUGGUGGAGGAAGCCAAGCUCUCUAAGAUUAAGAGCUGGGCCAACAAAAUGGAAGCCCUGACCAGCAAGUCAGCUGCUGACCCUGAAGGCUACCUGUCCCACCCUGUGAAUGCCUAUAAACUGGUGAAGCGACUAAACACAGACUGGCCUGCGCUGGAGGACCUUGUCCUGCAGAACUCAGCUGCAGGCUUUAUUGCCAACCUGUCAGUGCAGCGACAGUUCUUUCCCACUGAUGAAGAUGAAACAGGAGCCGCCAAGGCCUUGAUGAGACUUCAGGACACAUACAAACUGGACCCAGACACAAUUUCCAAAGGCGAGCUUCCAGGAACCAAGUACCAGGCAGUGCUGAGCGUGGACGACUGCUUUGGGAUGGGCCGCUCGGCCUACAAUGAAGGAGACUAUUACCACACAGUGCUGUGGAUGGAACAGGUGCUGAAGCAGCUCGAUGCAGGGGAGGAGGCCACCACAUCCAAGGCCCAGGUGCUGGACUAUCUGAGCUAUGCCGUCUUCCAGUUGGGUGACCUGCACCGUGCCCUGGAGCUCACCCGCCGACUGCUCUCCCUUGACCCAAGCCAUGAACGAGCUGGAGGGAAUCUGCGCUACUUUGAACGGUUGUUGGAGGAAGAAAGAGAAAAAAUGUUACUGAAUCACACAGAAGCUGAGCUAGCACCCCAGGAAGGCAUAUAUGAGAGGCCUGUGGACUACCUGCCCGAGAGGGAUAUCUAUGAGAGCCUCUGUCGUGGGGAGGGUGUCAAACUGACACCCCGAAGGCAGAAGAGGCUUUUCUGUAGGUACCACCAUGGCAACGGGACGCCACAGCUGCUCAUCGCCCCUUUCAAAGAGGAGGAUGAGUGGGACAGUCCACACAUCGUCAGGUACUACGAUGUCAUGUCUGACGAGGAAAUCGAGAGGAUCAAGGAAGUUGCAAAACCCAAACUUGCACGAGCCACUGUUCGUGAUCCCAAGACAGGUGUUCUCACUGUUGCCAGCUACAGAGUUUCCAAAAGCUCCUGGCUGGAGGAGGAGGAUGACCCAGUUGUGGCUCGGGUGAACCUUCGGAUGCAGCACAUCACAGGCCUAACAGUAAAGACUGCAGAAUUGUUGCAGGUUGCUAAUUAUGGAAUGGGAGGACAGUACGAGCCACACUUUGACUUCUCUAGGAAGGAUGAGCAAGAUGCUUUCAAGCGUUUAGGGACGGGGAAUCGUGUGGCCACGUUCUUAAACUACAUGAGCGAUGUGGAAGCUGGUGGUGCCACUGUCUUUCCUGAUCUGGGGGCUGCACUUUGGCCUAAGAAGGGUACGGCUGUAUUCUGGUACAACCUCCUGCGGAGCGGGGAAGGUGACUACCGAACGAGACAUGCUGCCUGCCCCGUGCUUGUGGGCUGCAAGUGGGUCUCCAAUAAGUGGUUCCAUGAACGAGGACAGGAGUUCUUGAGGCCAUGUGGAUCAACAGAAGUUGACUGACAUCCUUUUCUGCCCUUCACCUCCCUGGCCCCACAGCCCAUGUUGUCUUCAAGUUCAACGUGACAGACCCCCUCUACUUUCCAGCCUUUGUCAGGCGGGUCUUUGGAGGCGUGAAUAUUUGUCUGGAGCAGAGAUGGUCCUGGGGAAGGUCCUGGGUGACUUGGGUGACCUGGGUCCCAGCCUCACCUGUCAGCUAUCUCUGGCCACAAGGGUAGGGUUGGAGCAGAGUCAGGUGGUCUAGUACCUAGCAAGAUGCUUUUGUACCUCAGGUGCUUUAGGUGUGAGAUGUUUCAGUGAACCAAAGUUCUGAUACCUUGUUUACAUGCUUGUUUUUAUGGAAUUUCUAUUAAUGUGGCUUUAACCAAAAAAUAAAAUGUCCCUGCCAGAAGCCUUAAA